AUGUGGUUUCAGAAUGGGACCUCAGUGAAUGAGUUCAUCCUUCUCGGCUUCACCAGCCAUCCCACAUUGCAGCUUCUCCUCUUGGUGCUGUGCCUAGGCAUGUCUCUCAUCACCAUGCUUGGAAACAGCCUCAUCAUUGUCUUAGUCUGGGUUGACUCCCGCCUCCACACAGCCAUGUACUUUUUCAUCGGGAACCUCUCCUUGUUGGACAUAUUCUUCACACUGAUCACAGUCCCUCAGAUGCUGGUCCACAUGGUCUCUUGGCCCAAGACCAUCUCUUUCAACAGAUGCAUGGCCCAGCUCAACUUAACACUAUGUUGUGGGAUGACUGAAUGCUUCAUCCUAGCUCUCAUGGCCUAUGACCGCUACGUGGCCAUAUGCCAGCCCCUGCGAUACCCCACCAUCAUGAGGAUGCAGGUGUGUAUGCAGAUGGCCGGCGCCUGCUGGCUUGGAGGCUUUCUAAAUGCUGCAGCACUGACGGUCAUCACCAUAAACUUUCCUUUCUGUGGGCCAAACCAGAUCAAUCAUUUCUUUUGUGAGGAGCCAGCUGUGCUGCAACUGGCUUGCAUGGACACCUAUAUGGUAAAAGUCAUCAUCUUUGCCUUGAGUGUCAUUGUCCUCAUGUUGCCUUUCACUUUCAUAGUGGUCUCCUACAUCCACAUUGCCAGAGUGGUGCUCAGCAUGCGCUCAGCAGAAGGGCAGCAACGUGCUUUCUCUACCUGUGCCACCCACCUCACUGUUGUCACGUUGUUCUAUAGCACCAUCAGCUUUACUUAUUUGCAGCCCCAGUCAGACCGGGCUGCAGAACAGGAGAAGAAAGCUUCAAUCUUUUAUGCUCUGGUCUCCCCCAUGCUGAACCCCAUCAUCUACAGCUUGAGGAACAAAGAUGUUAAAGGGGCAUUGGCCAAACUGAUGGGGAAAGUCAGUUGA